CAUGACCCAUCCUCCACAUCCGCUCACUAAGACUACGCAGUCUAUACCAAGACAUGGCAGACACAUGCAUCGUGUGUCUGGGUGACCUUCAACAACACACGUCACGUGACGAAGAUCCACCGCCCGGAGCACCCGCCACGCGCAUCGAGACUGAGACGGCUGGCGAUGACGCCAAGGUUACCACGAAGUCCAUUGCGAAAAGUGCCGACACGGAUGCCGAAGACGUUGCCCACUUAUUACCAUGCAAACACGAUCUACACCAUGCUUGUCUCAAGCCGUGGGUGGAGCGCGCGAACAGCUGUCCUAUCUGUCGAACUGUCUUCAACAUGGUCGAGGUCAGCCAUGCUGUCGGAGGACCGUGCAUUGAUAGCUAUGCAGUCCAGGAUAAAACACAAGAGGCGGACAUCGACCCGGGCAUAAUAGUCGAAGAGGACGAGCUCUUCGCCGUGGAGGCAUUCGAGCCAUGUCUCAUAUGUGGUAUCCUCGACGACGGCCACGGCGUCAUGUACUGCGACGGGUGUGACAAGACUGUCCACGUCUUCUGUGCUGGACACGACGAUGCCCCAGAUAUCUGGUACUGUGAGACAUGUCUUGCCGACCUCGAGAACGAUGCAGACCUUCCCGGGCUCGCCGCUGCCACUCGGAGGGGACCUCGGGCACGCAAUGCCAACCGCAAUGCCAACGGAGGACGCGCGAUCCCGCGCAGACGUCGCAACAACGAUGUUACUUGGGCUCGAGUCUGGCAAGAAGUGUCGCGCCGCCUUGAUCUGGACCUUGACUUUCCCUUCGACGAGGAGGUCGACGAGCGCCAAUUCGCAGCCCAACGCCAGGAGUUUGCACGCUGGCAGGAAAGAUUUGCCGUCGCCGGUCCCAAUCGGAAUCGCCUCCGAGUCGUUGCACAAGCUAAUCUGCAGUCACGUAAUGAGCCAGAGUCUCAAGAGGAACUGCGUGCUUGGAACGCAUUUGAAAAGGCACGAGACUCCCAAGAAGCACCUCGAGAAGUCAGACGUCGCAAGCGCCGUGCGACGCAGUCCCCGGCAUCUCCAAGUGAGCCACAGCAGCCAGCUGAGCAGCCACAGCUGAAAAGGCCGCGACUCCGGCGUCCGCGCGCUACUGAUCAGCCCGAAUCGUCUGCCGCUGCGGCAAGGCGACGAGGAGAGGGUCCAACCUUUCUCUCGUCUCUUCUGCGAGAGGUGGAAAACAAGCCUGCGUCCGCGACUUCUCCGGCUACAUCUGACCAUGCUCUUGGACACUUCUCCCCUCGACAAACAUCACCUAUGCACUCACCAGCAUCUUCGGAGGUGGGCUGCCCUACGGCUAUUACCCCUCCGCCACACCGACCGUCCUCGCCACCGCUCUCGUCGACAAUCAUACCCGCGAUGUCUCCGAUCGGCGCAACGUUCUCACCUUUCUCCCCGAUCGCAGCAAAUAGAGAUGAUCCAGAACACGGGACCAGCUCUCGACAUCGUGGCCGACGCCAUCGUGGCGCGGACGACGAAGAUGAACGGAACGAGGCAUCGUCUGAUGACCGAGCUGGAUCGCAUUCACCUUCUCGAAACCUCUCGUACCCCGCAAAAGAGGAGAUUCAGCGCAUGGUCAAGGUGUCAUUGAAGCCACGCUAUGCCGACAAAGAGAUUGACAAAGAUCAAUAUACGGAUAUCAACAAGUCUGUAUCCCGAAAACUAUAUGAGCUUGUUCGUGAUGCAACUGCGCUCGCGAAUCAAGCGGAACGCGAGCGAUUGCAAGGCGUCGCCAACGAUGAGGUAGCGAAGGCUGUAGCAGCCUUCAGAUCUGCGCCUGCUGGCGACACGACAACAGAUGCGUCGGACUGACCUGCGGGAUGAAUGACGGAAUUUCAACAGCGUAUAGCAUGGAGUUUGCGGGUUGGGAGGCGUUACGAUGUGAAUGACGCGAUGACAUGGCAUACCUUCGUACUGUAUAUAUACGUAUAUACAGUGAGGACGAACAAUCUUGUGACCAGAAACCGCC